UUGUCACACGGGGGAUUUGGUGUGACUUAUCGGCCGCAUUCCAUUGUCAAACCACAGACGAAUCCCAGGAGACAGAUCCGUAUCCCCAUUCUUAUCCCAGCAGAGAUUGAAGCUCUGAAAGAAGCUGGAGAGACUGAAGUUGUAUUAGCUAUCAAUCACCAACAACCAGAGGUACACAUUGUCAUGUUGAACUUUAUGAAAGAAUAUGAGAAGAAGCUAGAGAUAAAGAUUAAGUUCUUCCAAGAAACUGAACCCCUCGGGACAGCAGGGCCUCUCGCACUGGCUCGGGAUAAGCUUGUCGAUGAAUCAGGGGAGCCCUUUCUUGUGCUUAACAGCGAUGUCAUCUGCGAAUACCCAUUGCUUGAGAUGAUUGAGUUUCACAAAACUCAUGGCGCUGAAGCUUCAAUCAUGGUGAUAAAGGUUGAUGAUCCUUCUAAGUAUGGUGUGGUGGUAAUGGAGGAAGCUACAGCGAGAGUUGAAAGUUUCGUAGAGAAACCAUUAAAUUUUGUGGGGAACAAGAUUAACGUUGGGAUAUACCUCUUGAACCCAUCUGUUCUCGACAGGAUUGAGCUGAGACGGCCAUCGAUAGAGAAAGAGAUAUUCCCUAAUAUAGCUUCAGAGAAGAUGCUUUACGCCAUGGUACUGCCUGGGGAUUAUAUAAUUGGGAAUGUUCUGGUGGAUGAGAGUGUGGUUAUAGGAGAAGGCUGUUUGAUCGGACCUGAAGGUUUGAUUGGUCCUGGAUGUGUGAUUGGUUCAGGUGAGAGAUUGAUGGGGUGUACUGUAAUACGCGGUGUUCGGAUCAUGGAUCAUGCCUGCAUCUCCAAUAGUAUAGUCGGAUGGGCCUCAAUGGUUGGAAGGUGGGCCCGGGUUGUUAACAUAACGGUUCUUGGCAAAGAUGUUCACGUCGCCGAUGCAGAGGUUUACAACAGUGGUGCUGUUAUCGAAGAGCAAAUGUCUGUAAAACCAGAGGUGGUCAUAUGA